AGGUGAAGUGUUGACUGUGGUUCAUAGGGCAACACACAGCAGCGUACGCCGCCGGGGACAUCAAUGGUGGAGUACGCGUCCAUUCAGGGAAAGGUCUGACAGAGACCACUACUGGGGCUUACAUGGAGAGCUGAAAGUGAAUAUGAGGUUAACGUCCUUAAUGAUGUACAUAUCUCCGGUUCUGCUAUUUAUUUUCUAUGUAUAUAUUGGAUUUUCUGAAGCUGCUCCCCGCAUCAGUCCCUACGAUGCGUCGCCACUCUCCGGGAAGCCCGGCUCAGCCUCCGACACCUGGGAGACCUUCCACACCGACAUGCCUCGUACUGUACCCGAGAGCAGGUUCGCUCUCGGGCCUCUGACUGAACUCACACCGCCGCCUGCCAUUGUUUCUGCCGGCCCUACCACCACCACUACUAGCCCUAUAACUAAAACGACAACCACCUUCCAGCCUCCAACAGCGGACCUGACCACCACCACUUCUGCUACUACCGCCGCCCCUCGUACCGGAAUAAUUCCAGCCAUCAAAGAAGAACGAACAGCGCCGAUUUCCAGAUCUACCGGCGCACGCAAACGAUCCACCGAUGCACAAACAUCACUUUUCGCUCCGGAGAAAAUGCUGCAGACCAUGGUGUCCAUGGUUUCCCAGCGCACAGCAAACGACGCCUGGGCAGCGGAUACCAUCGGCACACCGGUUACCUCUGUAGAGAAUAGUCAAGAGGGUCUUUGUAACUGCAGCAGUGGUGGUGAGGGGAUUCUGGAUCCGGACGAGUGUGAUCCGAGCACCGGUCAGUGUUCAUGUCUGUUGGGCUACUCCGGGCUACAGUGCGAGGACUGCGAGGACGGACACUUCACCAACGGCACCAGCGGCUGCCUGCCCUGCGCCUGCGACUCCUUCGGCGCAGUGAACCAACUCUGUGACAGCUCAGGGAUAUGUGUGUGCAAGACAGGAGUGUAUGGACCAAAGUGUGAUGAAUGCCACCCGGGUUUCUUCCACUUCAGCAGCACUGGCUGCCGGCCCUGCCAGUGUCAGAACCACACCAACUACUGCCACCCGCAGUCCGGAGUGUGUCUGAACUGUGAGGGCAACACCCAGGGAUCCAACUGUGAGGAGUGUAAGACUGGUUCCUACCGCGGCCCUGGAGCCGGCCUGACCGAAGCCUGUGCACCGUGUCCCUGCUCCAUCUCCACCUCGACUGGCUCCUGUCACACCGAUCUCAGUGGCUCCCCAGCGUGUGACCAGUGCCUUCCUCGGUACGGCGGCCCGCAGUGUGACAAGUGCAGCGCCGGCUCCUACAGAGCAUCUGGGGUUUGUGUUCCAUGUGACUGCAGUGGGAACGCAGACCCUCAGGGUCCCCCCCAGCUCUGUGACCCCGACACUGGCCAGUGCCUCCGAUGCAUCAACAGCACCACCGGGCCCCAGUGCCAGCACUGUGCUCAGGGCUUCAUAGGGGACGCCCGGGCGCGUAACUGCACCCGUCCAACACCGCGGCUCCUUCCCACACCAGCAGAUACGACAUCAGAGGCUACCACGUCGACCACAUCUUCGCCCACCACCACCACCACCACCACCAGCACCAGCACCACUUUGAACUCCGCCAAAGCAAGAGGCCUCCCAGCUUCCACGUCCGCCAGCAACACAAGCACCGCGCUGAGCACUGCUGCCACCACCCAGGCGCUGUUGACCAGCCUGAGCAGCCCCACUGACAACACCACAGCGGCCCUGACGGAGGUCUCCUGGACGCAGUUCAACAUCAUCAUCCUUGCCGUCAUCAUUCUGGUGGUGCUGGUGCUGCUGGGCUUCGUUGGAGGCGUGUACACCUACCGGGAGUACCAGAACCGCAAACUCAACGCCCCCUUCUGGACCAUUGAACUGAAAGAGGACAACAUCAGCUUCAGCAGCUACCACGACAGCAUCCCCAACGCUGACGUGUCAGGCUUACUGGAGGACGAGGCCAAUGAGGUGGCGCCCAACGGACAGCUGGCACUCACCACGCAGGCCAACUGCUACAAGGCUUAGCACUCCAUCCACCCCCAAACUUUACCGUUGACACAAAGCUGCUGGAAAGUACCAAAUCCAAAGCUCCCUCAUGUAUGACUGCUUGUUUUUACCCUGCUGGUCUGCAGCACUUCGCAACACAGUGAGAUCUGGCAGAUGUGAUCAAAGAUACGGAAAAGAGAUUCAGAGUUUCCACUUGAAACGUGUUCCCUGUUUGAUAUGAUUUUGUGUGGAAUGGCUGAUCAGUGAAAGGGUCCAAAGAAAAGCAGUGUUUGGUUGAGUUGAGCCUGCAGAGAGCCCUGGUGUGCAGAUCAGUUAGCUCAUUUGCAUAGCAUAGGACAGGUGCAGGGCAAACACCUGUCAGCUGAAACAAUGAUCCUGACACUGGUUAGAGGACUUAAAGGAGCCAAGCAUUUCAGAUAUUUUUUAAAAUGGAAUCUUGACUGUUUAAGUUAUUACUGGAUCACAUUAACAGUGAUCGGAAACUGAGACAAUGAUUGUUAUUUAAUGAAUUUUUAUUCUGUUCUUAUUUAUUGGUUGAUGUUUCUUUCUUGGGAGAAAUGCUGCACAUGUAUGGUGUGUUUAUUCAUGGUGUUAUGUGCUGUCGAAUGGUAAUUUGAAUUGCCCAAUAUGUUUCCAUGUAUUGUUUUUGUGUUUUGGAGAUAAUCAUAGGGGAAGAUGAAAGGGUGCUGGCACAGAGCAUUUUAAUGACCUCAUCUUUUGUUUAUAGCUUCCUGUCAUUGCUAAAGCGUGCCAGCUCACCUGCGUAUCGACGAGGAGUGUUUCUUUUGACACAACUACCGAUUAACAACUCUCACCACCUAGCACUACUGCAUGGUAGUGACUCAGGCUGGGCUCACAUAAAUCACCAUAAUCUGCUUGGGAUCUAAUCUGCUAUUUGCUACCAGCCUCAACAAAAUUGAACAAAGCGUCACACUUGAUCCUGGACAAGGGUCCCAUGUUUUCCGUGUUGUUUAAGUUACCAUUUGUUGGGUGCAUUUCAUGUUACCACGGUGAAUGAGUAAAGCUAAUUAUGGAACUUCCUCCUCAGGUACUGGCUCUUUCCCUAGUGUGAUCACUGUAAAUAUGAUUAUUGUACAGAUGAAUGUGAAUAGUAGCACUAUUAUUGUACAGGUAGAAUACUGUGUGUACACUGUCACUCAACAAGCUCCCACCUUUCACUCUCCAGGGUGUGAUGUUGCAGUCAGCCCACAGCUUUUUGUAUUUUCAUUUCUUAUUCUCUGUAGACUUUGCCAUAUACGCAGCUGCGGGACUAAAAUGCAUCCCCAGAACUCAAAACGAAGAAUAAAAUGAUGUAAAUAAUACCCCAAAAUCAGAGGUCAACUCUCAAAUAAAAACGAGUUUAACUGUU